AUGCUAACCAUGAGCAGCUUCUUCUUGCACCCGCGGCCAGCGCUGCGCGGCUGCUGCGCUCCUUUCCUGGCCACGGGCGCCGGCUGUUUUGCGCACUGCAGCAGACGCAGCGCCUCCUCGCGCUGCGCCCCCGGCCGCCGCCGGCGCCUGCGGGUCUUGGUGGACAUGGACGGGGUGCUGGCGGAUUUCGAGGGGGGCUUCCUGAAGAAGUUCAGAGCCAAGUAUCCGGAGAAGCCCUACAUCUCCUUGGAGGACCGCAGGGGGUUCUGGGUCUCGGAGCAGUAUGGGCAGCUGGAAUCGGAGCUGAGUGUGAGUCAGUGGCCUUGUUGUUGUUGUUGUUGUUGUUGUUGUUGUUGUUGUUGUUGUCAUCAGCAUAAUGUCAGUAAAGGCAGCUUGCAGAUUACAAGAGGACAGAUCUCUGCCCCGAGGGGCUUACCAUAUAUAACUAGACGCAAGGAACGGAAAGGGAAUUGCAGCUGGAGUAAAAUGAAGGAAAUUAGCAUCAACACUAGCCAUGGUGCCUUGCAAAGUACAAAAAUACAAAUCUCCACCCCAAGGGGCUUGCAGUAUAUAAUUAAACAGAAGGGAGACCAGAGAGAAGCAGAAAGGGAAAUGCAGCUGGAACAAAACAAAUGAAAUUUGAUGUUGUUGUUUGUUGGAUUUGUUAUCUACCAUUCACAGUAAGGUUCCAGGUCAGGUUACCACUAUUUUAUAUUGAAACAAAUUACAGUGGUACCUCAGGUUACAGACGCUUCAGGUUACAGACUCCGCUAACCCAGAACUAGUACCUCGCAUUAAGAACUUUGCUUCAGGAUGAGAACAGAAAUCGGGCAGCGGGAGGCCCCAUUAGCUAAAGUGGUACCUCAGGUUAAGAACAGUUUCAGGAACGAAUUAAGUUCUUAACCAGAAGUACCACUGUAUAGUGGUAGGAAUACUGUUGUGGUUUUGAAACUUAUUAAUCGCUUGUUACCUAAAAGGUCUCCGAGCAACUUACAUGUAAAACAUACCGGGGUAAUGCCAUUAAAAACAUGAUGCCUUAAGGAGGAGGGAGGAAGAGACACAAAACAUUAACAUUUUGUACAACAUUUCCAAAAAGAAAAGAAAAAAGGAUGGAUCCUGAAAAUAUCGCUAUGUACACAUUACAGGCUUACCACACAGCUAGGUUGUUCUUUUUCUCAGUUUGGAUUGAAGCUGGUUUGCUGGGGAAAUUCAUCAAAACACAGUAUUUCACAAAUAAAUGACAGGAUGGGUACGGAUUGUGGCCAAGUCGUGUGCACUGGCAGCUCACUGGGUACAGAAUAGCCUGGAAUGUGUACAGAUAUUUAUCUCGUGUGUCAAAGCCUAGGUUAGGUCAAGUGUGUCUUCAGCACACCAAGGAAACGAUACAAUGAAGGUGCCAGACACAUCUCUGUGGACAGGGAAUUCCACAUCCCAAAAGCUGCCACAAAGCACAUGCCCUCUUCUGGGCCGCUGCUGCCAUCCUGAGUUUCUACAGGCGAUGGAUAGAACUACCAAGAUCCUAAUACCCAGGAGAGUCUGUGGGGAAGGAGGCCACCUUGAGAUAUUUGGGGCCCAAGUCAUUUAGGGCUUUGAACCCUAAAAUGUGAGGCGGUUUUAGUGUAGUGUGACUGGUUUGACAGCGCUGUGUGCCAGCACUGCAACAAUGAUGUGUGAGAGGCGGGGGGGGGGGGGCGCCAAAUUUUAGUGCCACACAGAGCACUGCUGAAAUUUGAGAAUCCAAAGUCUGCCACUGGCUCCUUGAACUGGGCCUGAAAACCAACUUGAACACAGUUUUGAAACAGGGGUUAUAUGAAUAGGAACCCCAGGCAGAAAUCUGGCUGUUGCAUUUUGGACCAGUUGAAAUUUCGAAGUCUUCUUCGAAAUAGAAAUAAAUAAAUACCCAUUUGUUUACAGUAGUAGAUAAUAACAAGCACUUUUAAAUAGGCAAAGUCACCUCCAAGGCUUUUUUAUUAUUAUUAAUGCUUAGAACAGCCCUGUAAGAUAGGCUACUGUUAUCCACCUGUUGCAUAGAGUGGAAAUGAGGCUGGCAGGUAAGUAAGUGCCUUGGAAUUGAACCCAAGUUUCAGGCCUGUUCUCCAUCUACUGCACAAUCCCGUCUCUGUGUUUUUAUUAAUGACAAAAGUCCGAGCGUGUUCAAAGUCCACAAGGUUGCAAACUCCAUCGAGUAGCUAACUCUGACCUGGGCCUGGGCAGAGCGAUUCUAUUCCCUCUUGCUGCUAUUGGUUUAACUGAUCGGAUAAGCGGGGAGGACUGGGCAGGCUGGCGAGGGGGUAAACUACAACCCCCAGAAUUCUUUGAGGAAAGUCAGGUGUUGAAAAUGUGCUCCGUAUGCAGCCCUUAUUCAAAUGUUGCUGCUCAAGCUGUUCUCGUGGAUUCUGUUGUGCAGGAGAGCAGCCAAGAGGGCAGCAGACUUAACAGGCUAAUGUUCUCCCCUCCCCAACCUUCUCGCUCCAAACCUCUUUGCAGGAAAAGGCAAUUGGCAUUUGGGAGUCAAAGAACUUCUUCCUGGAACUGGAUCCGCUCCCAGGGGCUGUGGAAGCCGUCAAGCAGAUGGCCGAGUUAAAAGAGUGAGUAUGUUUGGCGGAAUUUGCAAGGGAGAAGCUUCCCCACUGCAGGCACACCCCUGCUCUUCCACCAGCCGGGCUUCUUCCUUUCUUUUCAUUACAGUCAUACCUUGGGUUGAAGUAGCUUCAAGUUAAGUAUUUUUGGGUUGCUGAAGCCCCGCGAUGUGCCCGUCACGAUGCCCAUGGCGCAGCCCAGACCCGUCACUCGCCCGCCGGCCUCUCCGUCCAUGGCCGUGCCAUGGACGUUUACCUCAGCUGUGGGCAGCACAGCUUCAGACUGGCUGCAGGAACUUCCUGCAGCCAAUCUGAAGCUGCGCCAGUGUCGCCUCCUGCCCAGAUCCGUCCACAGCUUCGGGUUGGCUACAGGAGCUUCCUGCAGCCAAUCUGAAGCUGCGCCAGCAUCGCUGCCCUCCCAGAAGCCGUGCCAGCAUUGCGAAAGUCAGUCCCCGCACGGCGAGGCGUCCGCAGUGUGUGGGGACUGACCAGGCGGGCGGCAGGGUCCGCGGACCGGAUUUAUGAGCCUGGGGGGCCUCAUCAGGCCUCUGGGCCUUACUUUUCCGACCCCUGGUCUAAGUGGUCCGACUCCAUCUGAGGCAGCCUUUGCUUAUAUCGAUGCAGAGCACACCUGAGAUAUUAUUUUUUUUGCAGGAAGGCCAGAAUCCAUACAGGAUGAAUAAAUGCCAAUGUGGAUUAUUUUUUCUUCUUCUCCACUGUCUCUUUCCUUCCCUCCUUCACCUUCUCUCUUUUCUGUCAUGGUAGGACCGAUGUGUUCAUAUGCACCAGUCCCAUCAAGAAGUAUCGGUAUUGCCCAUACGAAAAGGUAACGGGUAUAUUAUUUUUAUUACUAUUUCUUCAUUUAGACAUUUCGUAGCCAGCCUUUCAAUUGAAAGGAUUCCCAGAGCAGAGGACAGUGACGAAAUUCAGAAUCUUUCCGACGGGAACACCCUCCUACAUGCAGUCUGGAGAGGCAGGAACUAAGCCGUGUGUUUUGACCGCCUUCUGAAAACCCAUCUGUUUAGCCAGGCUUUCCCUGGCUGGAAAUUGCCAAUACAUUUCCUGGGUUUUCCUGGCAUUAAAUAUUCAUUAAAACUAGUGGUAAAAGCAGACUUUGAAAAACAGGAGGCAUAAGAGAAUGAUCAAAAUAUAGGCAACAUCAACAGUUUUAAAAACAACAAUUAAUUUUAUGUCUGGAGGUGCUCACCGGAACAAAAAACGGUUUCUAGCCGGUGUCAAAAACAACACAAUGAAGACCCCUGCCUAAUAUUAACCACUGUAAUUUUAUAGUACGUUUUAUAUAAACUGCUUAGAGAGGGUCCGUAUUUUAAGCGGUAUAUAAUUAUUGCUGAGAAGUAAGUGAAAUUAAGAAUGAAACUAAAGUGAUCAAAUUUGCAGUGAAACUCCGGGGAGACAGGAGGGGGCCAGGAGAGGGCAUUAAAGUGAAGAAUAAAGCAGAACUCUCCACAAAAAGACUGAUAUGAAAAGCCAAUUUAAAGGCACAGACUCCUGGAUCAGCCUCAAAGCAGUGGGGAGCUGGUUCCAUAAUUGCACCAAGUGCAAGACUGCAGUCAAAUUUUGUGCAGACACCCAGCCCAUCUGGAGUCUUCCAAGUCUUGGCUGAAAAUUAAGCUCCACUUCCCUCUCCCUGCUUCCCCAUAAUGGGGUUUAUUUUGGGGUUUUUUUUGUCAUUGUGGUUUGCUGGUCAUGCUGGUGCCAGUUCCAUCCUCCUCACACCCUCUGCCCACAAACUCUUUUCUUCCACUGUUUCCUUUUCCACUUUCCAGUACGCCUGGGUGGAGAAGCACUUGGGCCAAGAGUUUCUGGAGCAGAUCGUCCUCACCCGAGAUAAGACGGUGGUCUCUGGCGACCUGCUGAUCGACGACAGGCCUGAUAUAAUAGGUGAAGGGGUUGUCCCAAGGGAAAGGGCAUCAGGGGCUGGUGGGUGGGUGGAAGUGCAAGGCAGUGAAGGCCCCAACAGCCCUUCAACAUUGGCACAUACUGUGCUUAUUUAUUUGAAUUUGUAUACCAGAGCUUGGACAACAGUAGUUAGGCUAUCCCUGUCCAGAUAAGGGCACAGCUGGACGACCAGCCCAAGCUGAUGGAAGGCACUCUGUGCCACCGAGGCCACCUGAGCCUCAAGCAACAGCAAUGGACCCAGAGGUCUCCCCAAGCUACGUACCCACUCCUUCAGAGGGAGUGUAACUCCACCAAGAGCAGGCAACCUCCCAUCCAUCCGGUCUAGGGAACCACCCACUAACAGUGUCUCAGCCUUAUCUGGAUUGAGCUUCAGUUUGUAUCUUCCUAUAGACAUAAAAAGUAAGGCUGUCAUCACGCAACUCCCAUUUUAGGACUGCAUCACAAUCCUGGAUUCGCAUGAAGUCAGGGCAAGGGUGGAGGGGGAGUGAAAGAGAAGCAGGAUUUCAAAUGAUGGUUUUAAGCAACAGCAGGAGUUUAAAUGGAGCAGGGAUGGAGGGGCACAGAGGAGCUCAGAGGUUAUUGGCAGGGCAGGGACGUGAAGGAGCUGUGAGAAUAUCAGUUUUUUGCUUUUAGGCAAUUCUUCUGUUUGUCACAACAAACAUAAUCCAGCCACUCCUGAGGCUACAGCCACUUACCUGGGAUUAAGCCCCAUUAAACGCAAUGGGACUUACAUCCAAGUAGGCAUGUUUAGAUCACAUUGCUCCCAGCUGCAGGUAUCUGUUGGCUAGUACACUAUAUGGCUCCCUGCCAGUUGCUACCGUAGUAAAUAAGCAAAGUCGCUUACUACAGACUUUGGGGUUUACAGGCAUAUAGCACACACAGGGCUAUGUCUACCCUGCAGAAAUUCAAAAUUCUGCUUCGAGGACAGAAACAAAACCUGAAACCUAUACAAGCCCUGCAGACUGGAGCGCAGACCUCUGUUAGUGGUUUUUGAGACUUCGCCAGCCAAUCUUUACACCCAUGAGGGCUAUAAACUUCUCUUCCCUUUAUGUUCCCCACUAUUAGAUUCCAUAGAGCAGUGAGGUGACAGAUUUUUUUCAAAAAAACCAAAACCCACAGACAGGCAUUAUUCAGUUUAAAAAGGUCCUGAGUUGCCUUCUUUGCCUUCCAGGAGCUGAGAAGAGUCCGAGCUGGGAGCACGUCCUCUUCACGGCCUGCCACAACAAGCACCUCCAGCUGCCUCCUCUUCGUCGGAGGCUGCACUCGUGGACCGACGACUGGAAGGCCAUCUUGGAUAGCAAGCGGGCAUUGUAG